AUGGCAAAUCUUACAGAUCUUCCCGUCGAGCUGCUACUGAUGAUUUCUGAGUCCGGAGACUCAACUUCAAAUCCGUUUUACGGAUCCACCAUACUGGAGGAAUCCGAUAUAGCCAGCUUAGCAUUAACCAAUCGACGACUUUAUCAAGUUUUCAACCGUAUUCUCUAUAAGAAAAAUGAGGAAUACAAUUGGUGUCGUGUCCUUGACGAAGCCGUGCGCCGUGGGAACCUGGACACUUUGAAAGUCGCCGCUUCAUUUCAAAUAGAACCGUCAGAGAUGGGAUCGGAUUAUUUCGAAGAGCUACUACAAUCGGCUUGUUCGUAUGGGUACCUAGAUAUUGCCGAAUGGUUGUUGGAUCGCGGUGCGCCAUUCAAUCAUCCAUCACUGUGUGACAUAUCGGGCGACGAUUCUCUAAGGGGAUGCGGAGCAUUAUGGGCGGCAUUGGAAAGAUCGAGGGAAGAUACUAGCCUAUUGAUGUUAUCCCGUGGAUCUAAUCCUCUUUACACUACGGAACAGAACACCUCCAGAUCAGCAUUACACUACGCAGCAAGAUUCAACGUCAUCCGGGUAGUGGAAUAUCUCGUGAAAGAUACAGGACUCUCCAUUAACAUGCAAGAUUUGGAAAAUUUCACUCCCCUUCGAUACGCAAUGAGAUAUAUAAAGACGCCAGACACCGAUACUGCAAUGAUCAGGAAGCUAAUAGAACUUGGGGCAGAUGUUAACACCGAGAUCGACGGUGAAAUUCCGCUUACAUCGGCUCUUAUGAGAGGAAAGUACAGACAUGCAGCAAUAUUACUCGAUGCUGGCUCGAAAAUCAAACCAGAUCAGCCGGCACGCAAAGCCAAGUACCCCAUCCACGCCCUUAUCUUUAGUACAAAAUCAGCCACAUCGAAACCCAAGAUUUUGGCACAAAAGAGUAUACUCCAGAGGAUGAUCGAUGCUGGUGCGGACCUAACGGAAAAAUACCCCCAAGGCCAUUCACCAUUAGAAGAAGCAUUCCUCAACGGAAGCUGCGAGAUAACAUCGCACCUCUUAGUUCUACUUAACGAUAAAGGGGCUAUAGACGUAAUGGACCUUUUGGAAUUUAUAACUCAAAACUGGGACCUUAUACGGUUUCCUCAUGGCAAGGUAGAGGAACUGUUCAAAUAUGGCGGUAGAAUGGAUGUUCCUUUACAAGAUGGUCGGACAUUGCUUCAGUGGGCAGCUGAUAAUUAUCACAACAUCUUCUACCCGUACUUCUUGGACGAUCUCUUGGGUAUGGCAACCGAUUCCAUGCUUAAUGAGAGAUAUCUCAACAUCCUUCUCACAGAAGUUGCUACAUCCCGCAAAUAUAAUUUUCACCAGGGUGUAGCGGAUAUCAUGGGAAUCCUCAUCUCCUAUGGUGCCACGAUUGAGGGCCCCGACGACGUGUGUUCCACUGUGACAACAUCGAUACGUUACCGAAAUCCCAACUAUGGUGUUCCCGACUCGCUUUUUCCGAUAGUGGACUCCGGCAUACCAGACGAGAAUCUACCUGACCUACUGACAGAUGCUCUGAAACAUAAGUCUGCUUUAUGGGUUAAUUAUCUUCUCGAUCGCAUUGAACCUGGAUUCGACCCCCUAUUACAUCGAAAUCCCGAGUGGAUACAUAUGGCCGCAAGAUGGCGCGAGCCACGCAUCAUCAGAAGGCUCCUGGAGGGCGUCUCGAGUACGGACGUAAAUCAUUUGUCCGCAGAGGGACUGACACCACUAGCAACUUCUAUGCGUACCUACAUGUGUAUUUGGGAACUCUACGACACUCUAAAUGUGCUUUUAGAAUACGGCGCUGAUCCGUUUCUACCAAAAAGUUACCCGGUUUGUUAUGGCGAGGAUUAUCGCGACGUCGCACGGAAUAUGAGAGGGGUUUCAGCUUUCGAGAUUGCAAUGCAUGAUGACCUACAUAGUGUUGCCGAAGAAAUGUGGGAUAGAACUGCUCCCGAAGCCCGACCAGACCUAGAAAUAUUCAUCAUGCAGUGUGCCAACAAGCGUCGUCGUGGUUACGAUUUCUGGAUGAAGUGGCUCGAUAAGGUCGUUGCGGAGGAAUAUUACUCCGGUUGGGUAGCCUGGUUGAAGCAGAUCGAGGCAGAAGACGAUGUGGUAAACCAAGACGAAGAGGCGGCCCGGGAGACCUAA